GCAGGUAGAGCCUCAUCAAAAGCAGGAACACAGUGAUGUGCUGUCACAGCCUCGGAGACAUCUAGCCACGCUCCGGUUCUGCGAGGUGUGCGUGACCCGAAUGGAGGACAUGCAAAACAUGACGUCGGUGACUCCAGACUAUGAUUACAGUACAGCUGAAAAUGAGGAAGGGCCCUGCAACCUGGACCCCAGCCUCCCAGAAGUAAUCGCCCAAGCGUACAUCCACUCCAUCAUAUGUGCCUUCGGCCUGCUCGGCAACGCUCUCGUGAUCGUCACCUACAUAUUCUACAAGAGGACCAAGACGAUGACAGACGUGUACCUCUUCAACGUCGCCGUGGCCGACCUGAUCUUCGUGGUCGCCCUGCCGUUCAUCAUCUACAACGAGCAGCACAGUUGGUUCAUGGGCCCCGUGGCUUGCAAGAUGCUGCGGUCCGCCUACAGCAUCAACCUCUACAGUGGCAUGCUGCUGCUGGCGUGCAUCAGUGGCGACCGCUACGUUGCUAUCGUGCGGGCCAGAAGCUCCUUCGGUGCGCGCUCACGCACUCUGCUCUACAGCCGCCUCAUCUGCUCAGCUGUCUGGGUGUUCGCGCUGGCUUUGACUCUGCCCACGCUCCUCUACACCGAGCGCUUUGAAGAGACCGGUCUGGGGGCUCAGACCGCCAAUGUCGUGUGUCAGCUGUCUUUCAGAACGACAGAAACGGCCAAGCUAAUGAAGGUGGCGGUUCCCAGCCUUCAAAUGUCCGUUGGCUUCCUGCUGCCUCUGUUGGUGAUGGUGUUCUGCUACGCCAGCAUCGUGUGCACCUUGCAGAGAGCCCAGAGCAGCCAGAGGCACAAGGCCGUCCGCGUGAUUAUGGCGGUCGUGGUGGUUUUCAUCAUGUGCCACCUCCCCUACAACGUCACUCUGCUGACCCACACCCUGUCUCUUUUCAAGCAGAGGAAUUGUGAGGCAGAGAAGGUCAAACUCAAAGUGCUGGCCGUCUCCAGGAGCGUAGCCUACCUCCACUGCUGCCUCAAUCCCAUCCUCUACGCCUUCAUCGGGGUGAAGUUCAGGAGCCACUUCCGGCAAAUAAUGUUGGACUUGUGGUGCUUUAGCAAAAAGUACCUCUACACCACUCGCACGUCGCGCGCAACGUCCGAUUUUUGCAUCUCAGGCCGCAUGUCUUCAGAUGGCUCCAACAACAUCACAUCAUUCAGCGCAUGACACCGCAGCGUACGAGCCGUUAGCGACGACCGUUAGCUGCGCCGAUGACCGAGCUGGCACUUUGCUUUAGCUGGAAUUAGGAAGAGGUGAAUGCAUCUGUGCUGCAUGUGCUUGAAUGUAGGGCCUUGGAAACAUUAGCAAAUCACCUUCAUGCUAUAAUAUUGUUGAGGUCUUUUUUUACCCAAACUGUUCUAAAAGGCACUAAUUAUUAGCAUGCCACUUUCAAUAUGAAUGUAAUUGAUAUGAUCUAAAAUGGAACAUCAACACACAUGAUUCCUCCUGGUUGAGGAAAAAAGAGACAUCCUAUGUCAAUAUCCUCAUUUUCAAGUAGUCAUAUGGACUUAGAUAAAGCCAUUUCAUUAUGAUUUAAUAUUGUCUCUCGCAUAUUGAGGUACAUGAAAUUACAUGUCAACCACAAUUGUUGUUGAUGUUUUUUGUUCGAUAAUUUAAGUGAAUUUUACAUGUUAUGUAUGAAUGUCUUUUAGACUCAAGAGAAUGUGACAUCAUUCUCUUUACAUCUGUCAGCUAGCAAGUUUUGAUCCACUUGCAUUUCAUUUUCAAUUCAUCUUUACUUUUACAGAAAAUCCCACAUAUAUGAAUUCAGCACUUGAUUUUGAACAAAUCAUCACACACACACACAUAUAUAUAUAUAUUUCUUAUUGAUGUAACAUACCUAAAACCUCAUCCAAAAGCCAUUUUGAAGAAAUUGUGAGGCUUGUCUUUUUUGUGUGUAUUCCCCUAAAUUCUAUGUGAUUAAUAUGAAAAAGAUGAAAUAAGACGGUCUGACACAAUUUGUAUUUGUAUUUACACAACACCGUCGAUGGCAUAAACCCAACAACAUACAUGUGUGUUACUACACAUAAACUAUGGGACACACAGGACUGGUGGACGUGGAUGUUCAUGGAAACCAACUCACCAGGGCUGCUUUUGGUUCCACCUUUAAAAAUAUAACUGGAGGCACUGAUGUAUGAUAACAACAUCAUCAUCUUGUUUUCAUGUAUUCCCGUGUAUGAUGUUGACCAUGAGAACCUAAGAGUUCUUCUAUGCAUUUUAUAG